UGCUACAUCCUUCUUUCAAAAAAUCUCAGUUAAAAGCUGAAAACAUUUUGUUUAAUAUUCAUUUCCAGAUGAACUAAUGAACGACAAGAAUUCAUCACAGAAGAUAAUGAACAUUGACGAAGCAUUUCAAAAGUUGAGGAAGUGGGGACGUUAUCAAACCGUCAUUUAUAUCCUUGUGCUUGUUGCUUCUAUCCCAAAUGCUUUUACGACUAUACAAUUUGCCAUCAAUCAUUUUGAACCGAGUCAUCGAUGUAGAUUAUCUGAUGAAAUUGAAAAUUUAUUGAAAAACAAGUCAAACGACAGUGAAGAAAUUCUUAACUAUUUCAUACCCAAAGAAGUCGAUAGUUAUGGAGAGAUAAUUAGAAACGAAUGUCACAUGUACAAUCGAACUUAUUCUGCAGAACUCUCGUUUAUCAGUUCCAAUAAUUCUGUUGACAUUAUACCGUGUAUGAAUGGAUACAUAUUUGACACGCCGUCGAAUCAUGAUAGCGCAGUUACUGAGUUCGAAAUGGUGUGCAACAAUAACUGGAAAGCACCUUUAGUCAUUACAUUCUUCCAGACGGGAAUGGCAAGUGGAUCUGUAGCGGGCAUGCUUGCUGAUAGGUAUGGUAGAAGGCCAGUGUACCUGCUCGCGACUUUGGCUCAGAUUGGAUCACUGGCGUUCAUAGCUGCUGCAUGGAACUAUUAUGUAUAUCUGGCUGCAGCUUAUUUAAAUGGAAUGACUGGAAUUAUCAAUUAUGUUGUUGCUUUUGUAUUAGCAACGGAGGUUAUUUCGGUGAAGUCAAGAAAUUUUAUGGCUAUUUGUUCAUUAUAUUCAUUUUCCAUCGGAUAUGCUAUUGUUCCGUUGAUUGGCUAUUAUACACAAACAUGGCGUUCAUACUUAUGGGCAUCCAUGGUACUUGGCGCUUUGAUCUAUCUUCCGGGCUACUGGCUGUUUCCAGAAUCACCACGUUGGCUAUUGACAGUCGGUCGGAAAAAUGACGCGAUUGUAGGUUUGAAAAAAAUGGCAAAGAUGAACAAAAUGAAUAUUGAUUUUGCAUCAAUAAAAAAAGUACAAGGAGUUGAUUUCCGUAAUACGAUGGCAUCUUUGUCAGGGCCAAUAGAGACGCUUCGCAUAUUUUUCAAAUCUACAUUAACCUCUAGAUGUCUGGCAAUUUUCUUCGUUUGGUUUGUAGCAGGUCUUGUUUACUACGCAAUAUCGUACCACUCAAAGAGCUUCAGUGAUGAUCGAUACUUAAACAUAUUGUACUCAGCAUUGGCGGAAAUUCCCGCACUUGUUAUUGCAUAUUAUGCAGUCAACAUUUUCGGCCGUCCAAGAUGCACAACUUUCUCUCUUUUGAUCUGUGGAACUUCGAGCAUUAUCCUACCUUAUUUACCAGAAGACAUUUCUUUAAUCAGGACAAUAACAUCUAUAAUCGGAAAAGGUGCUGUAAGCGCAGUGUUUUAUAUCACCUACUUGAGCACAUCUGAAAUAGCCCCCACUCUACAACGAAGCGCAGCAAUGAGCAUGGCAUCAUUCUGCAGUCGUAUUGGAGCGAUCGUCGCACCAUUCGUCAUGUUCAUGAAUAAAAUUCAAUACUCUAUACCAAACUGGAUAAUGGGUGGAUUGACAAUUCUGAGCGGAAUCAUUUGUAUCGUUCGCAUUCCGGAAACAAUAGGAGUGGAGAUGCCAGAUACAAUUCAACAAGCUGAAAGUAACAAACGAUACUAUGGAUUCAAUAUAUUUCGAAAAUUCGAACCAAAUAAAUAUACCAAUCAAAGCAAGGAUAAUCACACGGAAAAGAAAUUGACAACUUGAAUUAUCGAAGAUUUGCCUCAGACUUUAGAUUGUAUUAUCGGAAUAAUACUGGAAACUUUCUCUUUUGCAUCAACAGUGACCUCAUCGGCACGAGCCAUUGAAACGAUUUUGAUCUUUUUCACAAUGUUUGCGUGUAAACCGAAAACAAAAAAAUCAUUUCUCAUUCUAAAUAACUUCUGUAGAAAAAAAUGAAAUGAACUAAUUUCUAGUUGAUCGAAAAAAAUCCUUGUCUCGAAAUUGUGCGAAAUAAUUUAUCCGCGUGACGGAAAAGAAAAAUCUUAAACGCCUUUAAAUAGAAUGGCCCAAGCCAAAAUAAGUGAAAUCCCAAUAAAGGAACCGAAAAAAAUGGAAAGAAAAUUAAGAUUUGAUUGACCUUAUUUGACUAUUCUUGUAAGGUAUGCUGUUGUUGUCCGGUCAAUCUCUACUCAAGGUACAAUUGUAUAAGUUUAUGUUUUAUGUUUUGUCGUUGUUGAAUUUAUGUUUAAUUGAACGGAGCAAUAAAAUUAAAAAUAGUCAAAAAUAUAUUUAUCUCUUAUGUAAAAUUAACUGAA